UUCAGCGCAUCUGCUAAGAAAAUAUGCUGGGUAACAAUAGAAGGGACAGGUCGCCCUUGCGGAGCGACACUGUCGGCCGCCGACGCGAAAUAAAGAAUCAAGAACCUACGAAAUCUGGCGAUGAUGUGAACAAUGUUAUGAAUCCCAUGAUGAUGACUAAUGUAUCCACAAGCAAACAUGAUGAUGGCUGGUGGAAUGUACCCAAACAUGAUGAUGCAGGGAGCUAUGAUGGGUGGGGGCAUGAUGCCUACUCCAGGUAUGGAUAUGAUGUCUGGAACAGGUAUGGACAUGGUCCCUCAACCAACUAUGGAUAUGUCAGCUAUGGGCGGACAGGGUAUGGCACCUGCCGCACCUCCUGCUAUGGACAUGGGCAUGAUGGGUGGCAUGAUGAUGGACCCCUCCAUGAUGGGAAUGUAUCCUGGCAUGACUGGAGAUAUGUCAACUAUGCAAGACAAAAAAUCUUUUUAAACAUGCUGGCUCAUUCCUCCUGAUUCUAAUGCACCUAGACCUCUAAGAAGGUCUAAACCUCCUGGAUGCCGAACAAUAUUUGUAGGUGGAUUACCAGACAAGAUAACAGAAAGAAUUCGUGAGAGAGAUUUUGAGACUUAUGGCAGAAUACACACACUAAGAUUGUCUAAGAAAAACUUUUGUCAUAUUCGUUUUGAUAGAGAGGAGUGUGUAGAUCAAGCUAUGUUGAUAUCUGGAUACUGCAUUAAGCUAAUUAAUUUGAAAGAUAAAGAUGAUAUGAAUGAGGAUGAUGAUGAUGAAAAUUCACAUUCCACUACUGGCUGGUUGCAUGUAGACUAUGCAUUGAGCCGUGAUGAUCAAAAUGACUUUGCCGACAAAGACAAGCUCUGAGCUCAACAAGUACAGAUGCAGCAUUUGAAUGCUCAACAAGAAAUGGCGAGCCGCAGUAUAAGUUCAUAUGGUUCAGAUACACGUAGAAGAACACCAUCACCAUCCAGAAUACAACCAUACUCAAAUGCAGCUAUGGUUCAAUUGGCAGAAAAACUCAAAAAUGAAGAACAUUUUUCAACAACUCUACCGACAUUGCUAGCUUGGUUAGAGAGGAGAAUGCACGAAAAGAAUGCAAAUCAAUUUUAUUCCAUGAUACAAGCUACAAACGCACAUAUACGCAGGUUGUAUAAUGAAAAAUGCAGGCUGAAGAAGAGUUACUAGAUUGCAAGGCGUGUCAAGAAUCACAUAGCUACUGUGAUUGAACAACGAGUUUAAUUCACUGAAGGAAGAAUUCAAUGAGAAGUUCUUUAGCGAGGAUGGAGAGUUUAAUGGUUUCAGUAGGUCAUCAGAACAUGGUAAUGAAGAUAUUCAACAAUUAAAGCGUGAGAAUGAGAGCCUGCAAUUUCAAUUGGAAGCAUAUAAAACGAGGUUGAUGUUAUAAAGGCUGAUUCUAUGAAAGAGAUGGAAAAGUUUAAGGCUCAGUUCAUAGCGCGGCAAGCUUUGCAGGGAGCUAUGGACAAAAUGUAAGUAUUUCAUCAUCACAGUUAUUGGUUUUCUGUUUAGAGAUUUGUUUUGUAAACCUUUCAUAUAUCUUGUUCACAAAAAUAUCUUACUUCAUAAUGGUGAAGGCAAAAUUGACACUAUUCUAUAUGCUAAUACAUUUCAGCCGCCAUUGCCGUCGCCGAUCGUGAAGCCACCUCCGCCGCCGCCGUUGCCCGAGGAUCUGGACUCUGCUGUGCAUCUCAAAGAGGCUGUCGAGGCUGGCUGUGGGAAGCCAAACUUAUUGGAGUCAUGUCCGCUUUCUUACAAGUACAUCCACAAGGGGCCAGUCUGGACUACGUGGUGUCGUAUGUCCGCGCCAUAUUCCCGCACGUCUCCCAGGCUACAAUACACCAUGUUCUACAAAAACAC